UCUUCUGCUCUGCGAGCAAGCCCCUGCGGGACCGGUCUGCCUGGGUGUCCAGCUCCCUGGUGCCCCACCACGCCUGUUCCAGGCAGGCACCAGGGCCAGUGGUUACCUGGGGGCCCAGCGCUUUCCUAAGAGGGAGUGUCUGUCUCUGAUAGGGGAAAUGGAGUCAAGCCACUGCCUGCUUGGACUUGCUGCAGGGAGUGGUUUGAAUGUGAAGAGCUGAGUGAAGUGAGACUCCUGCUCCUCCAGGACUGGAAGGAAGGGGCUGAUUCCGCUCCAGUUAACUCAUUAGUGCCCAAAGACUCUCAGUGCCCAGUGUUGGGUGUGGGAAGCAAGUGGUGGGGGAGAGAGGGGGCUGAGGAGGUGGGAGCAUGCAGAGGACCAGCCCUGCUCCCCUGAGGGCAGCUCUAAAGCCAAUCCAGUGGGUCCUGCGGAGGGUGGAGCAUAUGGCAUUUCCCAAGGCCUGUGCUGCUCAGCCCCGGGCUCCUGCCUGCAAAAGUGUCCAGGGAGAUCCUCCUUGUGCAACGCAGAACUGUGCUGAGCUGCUUCUUGCACAAUUCUUGUUUGCUGGUUGAAUCAUCUCUGCGUAGGGCAGGGGAGGUGGCCUGGCACGUCGUGGGGGGAUGACAGUUGUAAGUGUGGUGGGUGCAGGGGCGGAUUAGGGCUUUGUGGGGCCCUGGGACAGAGAAAGUGAGGGCCCAACCCCUUCUGCCCGCAGUCUCCUUGCUCCCCCUGUGCUCCUGCUGGGGAAAUAGGGUUGGGGUACAGGGGCUUGCCCCGCCCCCAUGCCUGGCACUGCUGCAGGGCAGUGGGAUCAGGGUGCAGGGGCUUACCCUGCUCUGCCCACCCGGCACUCCUUCCGGGGAGUGGGACAAGCUCACAUGCCUCGACCCCACUCCCCGGCAGGAACGCUGGGUGGUGUGGGGCAUGGGGGGGCCCAUUUUGGGAGGGCCACCCAAUUGGUCAGGGCCCCUGGGCAUAGGUCCCGUUGGCCCAGUGGCUAAUCCACCACUGGCUAGGUGCUGGAAUUAUCAAUAUGGGAAACCACGAAACACAAACUGAACCAUACAUUCCUUUAUUAAAUCCAAAGGCCUCUUGAUAUUUAUAGCAAAGAGUCCUGUGGCACCUUAUAGACUAACAGACAUAUAGGAGCAUGAGCUUUCGUGGGUCAUGCAUCCGACGAAGUGGGUAUUCACCCACGAAAGCUCAUGCUCCUAUAUGUCUGUUAGUCUAUGAGGUGCCACAAGACUCUUUGCUGCUUUUACAGAUCCAGACUAACACAGCUACCCCUCUGAUACUUGGUAUUUAUACAAUUGCUCUGAACAUGCCUGAAAAACCAAACUCAGUAAGCAAUUUCCUACAUCCCCUACAGAACAAAACAUUCCUGAGCAUUUGAUCAAGACACCCACAAAGGAGCUAAGCCUGGGGCACUCAGACACAGGCUGGUCGGCUCCAGCGUGGCCAGGUCACCCACCACUGAUGUCACUGCCAAUUACUGAGUCAGCCAGAACCCACUGGAGACAGGUCACCGUGAGUUCCAGUCUCAGUCCAGACAAGAUUUACACUCUCCUUUCUCCCUGAGGCCUUGCCUCCCCUCCUUGGUGCCCAGCAGUUUUUCCAUUGCACCUGGGCUCACUCAGGCGUUAACACUGGGGAAGGGCCGUGUUGGCUCAUUUUAAGAUGGAUUCUUUUUGUCAUAUUUUUAACCAUCUGCAGUCACUCCUAUUGGUCAGAGGCCUUGUUUUUAGAAACUUCCCCUUAUCACGUUAGUGAUUCAUGGAACCCCCCUCCAUUCCUGUUGGUUUUCAAGCCCUUCUUUCCACCUGCCAGUCAGGGCCUUUCUUCACAACACUGAGAUUUCCUUAACCAAGCUUAAGCUAACCCCAGUUCUUUGAGUUUCUAUUAUCCGGUGCUGGGGAGAGCUGCCAAAGACAUGCCCAGCUCCACACUCCACCGAUACCGAGAGUCACACAGGGCAAGGAGGGUCCACCCAGCUUGACCUGGGGCUCCCUCCCAUCCGCCAGGAGAACAAUCUCACUUUUGACCCUUCUUCAUUGAGCUCCCCCAGGACUCUGGGGCCCUGCAGACACGGGGGUCCCAGGUGUCCGGGGCAGCCCUGUUUCUCAGCAGAGAGGUGCAUAGGUGAUCAGAGGUGUUCACAGCCAGCCGGGAGGUCUGAUUAGUGCAGGAGCUUGCCCAGGCCACAGCUCAUUCUGCCAGUGCUAUGCACAGACUUUCCAGCUCACUCAGGGUGCAAAAUGCAUCUUGAUAUGUGACCUUCUGGGAGCUGGGCUGGGUGAGUGGGGAUGCCUCUCCCCUGGCCUUGGGCUGUACGGGGCAUUGUGUGGGGAGAGGACAAAGGGUUUGCAUUUACAUGCUGCCCAGGCAGGGACACACAGGCUGUUUGUUCUGGUGCCCUUUGAGGAAUCAGAACUGGGAGUGGGGAGGAGAGAGUGGCUCCUUUCUCCUGCCAGCUCUGGUUGGGGGAGCAGCCUCGACACACAGGGUAAGGCCCGGAUUUUCCUGCCUACAGCAGGCUUGUCACUGUGGUGUCUGAGCACUGACCCUAGGUGCUGCAGGCUCCUGGCCAGUGCCCAGCAUUGACUAUCUGGUCUCUCGGCUGGCAGGCCGGAGGAUGGAUCGCUGCCUGGGAGCUGCUCGCACUGCAUGACAUAUGGUGCCCAGGGCUUUGCACAGAGUGAGUGGUCAGCUGGGACCAGCCAGAGCCCCUAGCCGGAAACCUGCAAGGAUGCCUGGGUAGGACUCAAGGAGGGGGUCCCUGCCGGGGCAGAGGGAGCAAGGGGGUUAGUGUCUCUCUGGACAGGGCCGGCUUUAAGCUGAUUCCCCCGAGUCCCCUGCUCCGGGUCUUCAGCGGCAUUUCGGCAGUGGGGGGUCCUUUGGUGCUGCAGAAGACCCAGAGUGGACCCCCCGCCGCUGAAGAGCCGGAUCACCGCCGAGUAUUCGAAUCGGGCCCUGCCAUUCACAAAGCUGGCCCUGUCUCUGGACACGUCACAGCAGCACCUAGGAAAGGAGGUUGAGGUUGCCAUAGUGCAGAGGAUGUGGGAGAGAUCUCUCCUCAUGGCUGUUUUCUGUGCAGUUUCUCUUCUCAAGUCGGUGCGUUUCCACUUCCUUGGCUGUAAGCUGCAGUGAAAGGUCAGGGCCGUUGUGUGAAAAAGGAAGCAAGUGCCCUAGAAAUGACAAGUGGGAGAUGACGAGAAGAGGGCGCUGCUGAGAGAGCGUGUUGUUUGGAGAACUCCAGGUCCCGGUGCUGUCUGGAUCUGGGCCCUGAGCCGCUGGAGGGCAGAGAACCUGAGAUGACCCAGCCAGUCUCCUUCACCCUUCGUGUUCCGGAGAGCAGGGACGGUGCCAGCCCAGAUCUGAGCCUGUGCGACGAGAGCUCUGUGCACAAUUCCUUCCAGCAGCUCCUGCAGGAGCAGAGCAUGGAGGAGCCGGAGCUGGAGCUGGAGGAGCUGGAGCUGCAGGAGUUGACCCUUGGGGGCAGAGAGAACCUGGCAGCUGGCCACACCGAGGCCUGGGAGGAGCCAGAGUCGAGGAGAGAGCACCCAGAUUUCUCUUCAGCCACACUGUUGAUCCUUGCCAACAUGCCCAGCCGCACCAUCGGGCGCAGCCGAGGAGCCAUCAUCUCACAGUUCUACAACCGCACAGUCAAGCUUCGCCGCCGGAGCAGCCGGCCGCCGCUGCGCCAGGUGUCCCGCUCUGCACGGCCCAGCUUGCGGCAGUACGACCUGGAGCUGGACUCUGGGCAUGCGGAGCAGAAAGACACACACAGCCUGCUGGUGAAAGAGCUGCAGAGCCUCUCGAGCAGCCAGAGGAGCCACAUGCUGCAGGCGAUGCCUGUGAGCCUGGCAGAGAAACGCAGCCUCAGGCAGGAGUUGGGUGGACACAGAAGCACCCUGAGGAAACCCAACAGAACCAGGAGGCCUUUGUCCUGCUGUGGCCAGCUCAAACACGUCUUCCUCACAGGGUUCCGGAGUCUCUGGGAUGGGUUCCUCUCCCUCCUCCACUCCCUCCAGCCCUGGCAUCAUUCCCUGAAGCAGAUCAGUAGCCGCUUCGGCUCCAGUGUCUUGUCCUACUUCCUCUUCCUCAAGACGCUUCUCAUGUUCAACAUCUUCUUAUUCCUGACCCUCUUGAUCUUCGUGGUAGCCACACAGGCUGCGUACCCCCCGGCCGCCAAGAACAGCAGGCUCUUCACGGGGCUCGAGCUCCUCACUGGGGCGGGCUCCUUCACUCAGACUCUGAUGUACUAUGGCUACUACAGUAACUUCACCCUGAACGACCCCUGCACCCCUGUCAGCAGCAGCUGCCAGCCUGGCAGAGGCCAUCUCCCAUACAACAUGCCUCUGGCCUACGUGUUCACCAUUGGGGUCUCCUUCUUCAUUACAUGCAUCCUGCUGGUGUACAGCAUGUCCCGAUCCUUUGGCGAGAGUUACCGCGUGGGCAGCACGUCAGGGGACUUUGCCAUCAAAGUGUUCUGUGCCUGGGACUACAAGGUGAUCCAGAGACGCUCUGUUAGGCUGCAGAACGAAAACAUCCGGACACAGCUGAAGGAGCUGCUAGGAGAGCAGCAGUCUAAGUCCCGCCCAAUGAGCCUGUGCAGGAAGCUGGGCAGGAUGGUAGUUCUCAGUCUGGCCUGGGCAGUGUCCGUGGGCACCGUCGUAGGCUGUAUCGUUGCAGUGUAUUACUUCGCCGAACACAUGCUCAAGGUGCACCGGGACAGUCAAGACGAGGAGAGCAGCGAGGCCCAGCAGGAAGCCCUCCUGCUGGCUCUGCCUGUGGUGGUGUCUCUGAUGAACCUGGUGAUGCCGUACCUGUAUAACCUGCUGGCAGCCUGGGAGAAGCAGGAGUCUCCAGCGCUGGAGGUGUAUGUGGCCAUCUUCAGGAAUUUGAUUCUGAAGAUGAUUGUCCUGGGUCUGCUGUGUUAUCACUGGCUGAGUCGGAAGAUGGGAUACUCCACGGAGGACAAUUGCUGGGAGACGUCAGUGGGGCAGGAGCUGUACCGCUUUGUGGUGAUGGAUUUCGUGUUCACGCUCCUGGACACUUUCCUUGGGGAGCUGCUCUGGAGGCUCAUCUUGGAGAAGAAGCUGAUGAGGAAGCAGAGGCCUGAGUUUGACAUUGCCCGGAACGUGCUGGAGCUGAUCUAUGGGCAGACCCUGACCUGGCUGGGGGUUCUCUUUUGCCCCCUCCUCCCAGCUGUCCAGAUCCUCAAGCUGGUGCUCCUGUUCUACAUCAAGAAGACCAGCCUGAUGAAGAACUGCCAGUCUCCCAGCAAGCUGUGGCGCGCAUCUCACAUGAGCACAGUCUUCAUCACCCUCUUGUGCUUCCCCUCCUUCCUGGGCGCCGCCAUCUUCCUCUCCUACACCAUCUGGGCAGUGAAACCAUCCAUAGCGUGUGGCCCAUUCCGGAUGCAGGAGACCAUCUACGAGUCAGGGAAGACUUGGAUUCAAGAGCUGGAGAAAUCCAGCCCAAACAUCACCUGGUUCACCUGGAUCCACCAACACCUGGUGGAAAACACCUUCUUCCUGUUCUUUGUGUCUGGAGUCCUGCUAGCUGUGAUCUACCUCCACAUCCAGGUUGUGAAAGGCCAUCAGAGAAUCAUCUGCCUGCUGAAGGAACAGAUUGCCCAUGAAGGGGAGGAUAAGGUCUUUCUCAUUCAGAAGCUUCAGUGCAUUUAUGGGAAGCAAGAGACCUGCCCCUGAGCGCCAGGAGCCUCUUGGAAGAGCUGAAUGUGUGACCAGGACUUCCUCUCUGGCCGCAGCCUCCCAGAGCCGGGAAUGGAUCCUGGCCUCUCCAAGCCCCUUCUGAAUGGCCAGAGAAGAUUUGCCAGACUUUACAGGGCUGCACUGAGAGAUGCAGACGAGUCACUGAGAAAGCCAGUCUCCUGCUGGUGCUGGCACCCAGGCCCUGCCCAACAGCGGCACUGGCACGUUAUCCAUGGGCAAAAACCUCUGCUCCUACCAUGUACUGGUGCUUGUAACUCUGUCUCUCUGGGGUAGGCUGCUGAGACCUUGCCUUCCACUGGAGCACAGGGUCUAGAAGCCACGCAGGCUGUCAGGCACUACUGGAGCCGAGCACACCUGGUGCCAACAUGUUCUAAAGGUGAGGCCCAAAGCAGCCUCUCAUCUGACAGUGUGCUGUUUAAUGCUGCUGGGCCUUCGGCUGGUGUCUGCGGAGCCACCGAACCCCAACCUGGCUGUCCCAGCGGCUGAGUGAUUUUCAGGAAGCCCCUUCCCUGGGGACAUGUUUGCUUUGUUACUAUUAAAACCAUGUUCCCUCUU